CAGUCCAGUGCGGUGCGGUGGUUCGACCUGAAGAGUGGUGGCUUCUUUGAGAAUGAAUUCGGACACGGACUCGGGCUCUGAGCGGGAGAAGAGCAGCGAUCCCAACGAGGGUUUGCUCAGCAGCGAUGAGAAGACUUUUCACGACGACGACGACGAUGAUGAUGAGGGGGAGGACUCCUCGCCAGCGGAUGAUGAGGCAGAGCCGGAGGAGGAAGAGUCCCUGCUGCCAGCGCAGAAGCAGAAGGAGGAGCCGUUUCAGGUGGAGAAACAACAGCCCACAGCCCCAGUGGUUGUCUUGCUGCAAACUGAUGAGGAAGCCAUAGAAAUUCAAGAACAAAUCGAUGUCAACGUCGCUGUAACCUCAACCGCAACAUCAUUUGUGAGCGAGGAGGAAUCCGCUGGAGUCGUGCAGCCACAGCAGGACCAAGGGCAGGAACAGGAACCCCUGAAAUGUCCUUCCUCGCUGCGUGACAGUGUACGCGAGUCGAUCGAAUGCUUUUACUCGGCCCAGGAUCUCCUCGAGUACGGCCACAUGCUAUCGUCGACAGCCGGCGAGCAACGGACACCGGAUGUGGAGUCCGGCUACUUUGAGAAAUCCGAGAGCGAUGCCUCGCGGGACGAGUGGGAGGCGGCUCCCUCAGGCGGAGCCGCGCGUUCUCGUCUGCUGCUGUCCGCCUCACCCUCCUCCUCCAGUCGCAAUAGCUCCGAGAGCCUGCGCAUGGAGCUGAGUCGCUUUCGGGCCAUGAUCGAGACCCUGGAACGAGAGAACCUUGAGAAGUCGCAGUCCGAACAGCAGUUGCAGCAGCAGCUGCAUGCCCCCCCAAAGAAGGCCAAGCCCAAGCCAAAGCAGCGAUCCUCACAUCCGCCGGGAGGGCCUGGACUGCCGGCAGAGCAGCGUGGCUUCUGGUCAACGGUGUUUGGCGAGGCCGGACUGGAACUGGGCCAAAGCCAGGAGGAGGAUGAACGUAUUGCGGUAAUACAAAAAGCUCAUCGGGCUCUGGAAUUGCUCGAGGAUUACCAUGCCCGACUCUCCGAGCCUCAGGAUCGAGCGCUGCGUAUUGCAAUCGAACGCGUUAUACGCAUAUUUAAGUCUCGCUUGUUUCAAGCGCUGUUAGAUAUACAAGAAUUCUAUGAAUUGACCCUAUUGGAUGACUCAAAGAGCAUACAGCAAAAGACAGCAGAGACAUUGCAGAUAGCAACUAAAUGGGAGAAGGAUGGGCAGGCCGUUAAAAUAGCCGAUUUUAUAAAGACAACAACAACAAAUUUAAAUCGCAAUUGCGUCUAUGAGUUUACCAACGAUGCAUCAUCCAAUCAGACAAAUCAAUCAGCACUCAAUCAAAAUCAAAUUGUGAAUAAUAUCAAUACAAAUGCCCAAGCGCAUGCCGAGGCCCUCAGCAGAACAUUUAAAAAUGAAUUGGAAGAGAUUUUGAACCAGCGCAUGCGCAUCGAAUCGGACACGGAGAAUGCCAAGGAUGUGCCGGCCGAGAAUCAACAGCAGGUGCGCAGCUCCCGAUCUCCCCAGCAGCAACAGCAGCAGCAGCAGCUGCCGCAGUCACAGUCCACGACAUCGGCCAGGAGUGGGUCCCAGACCCUACACAAGGCGUCAUCGGCAAAGGUGAAUGGCGAUGAUAGCUGGCUGUAUGAGGACAUACAAUUGGAACGCGGCAACUCUGGACUGGGCUUCUCCAUUGCCGGCGGCACAGACAAUCCGCAUAUUGGCACGGACACAUCCAUUUACAUCACAAAACUUAUAUCCGGCGGUGCAGCCGCCGCCGAUGGCCGCUUGAGCAUCAACGACAUCAUUGUCUCUGUGAACGAUGUCUCUGUGGUGGAUGUGCCACACGCCUCGGCCGUGGAGGCGCUCAAAAAGGCUGGCAAUGCGGUCAAAUUGCAUGUUAAACGAAAACGUGGAACAGCCACAGCCACAGCGGCCACGUCUCCAGCAGCGGCAGCAGGAGCAGGAGCAGGAGCAACCGCUGGUGUUGAUGCCCGAGACAGUGGUUCGGCGAGCGGGUCAAAGGUGAUUGAAAUCGAUCUGGUCAAGGGCGGCAAGGGUCUGGGCUUCUCCAUAGCCGGUGGCAUUGGUAAUCAGCAUAUACCCGGCGACAAUGGCAUCUAUGUGACAAAGCUCAUGGACGGCGGUGCGGCUCAAGUGGACGGACGUCUCUCCAUCGGCGAUAAGCUAAUUGCAGUGCGCACCAAUGGGAGCGAAAAGAACCUGGAGAAUGUAACGCACGAACUGGCAGUGGCCACAUUGAAGUCCAUUACGGAUAAAGUGACGCUAAUUGUGGGCAAGACGCAGCAUUUGACCAGCAGUGCUUCACAGUCUGGCGGAUCAGUAGCGGGAGUGGCAGCAGCAGGAGGAGGAGCAGGAGCAGAUGUAGGAUUACAGCAACAGCAGCUAUCACAGUCACAAUCCCAGCUGGCGACGAGCCAAAGCCAAAGCCAAGUGAAGGAGCAGCAUCAGCAAGUGAACUCUCAGUCGACAGAGCCCGGCUCGAGAUAUGCAUCCACGAAUGUCCUGGCCGCUGUCCCUCCUGGCACACCGCGCGCCGUCAGCACCGAGGAUAUAACCAGAGAACCGCGCACCAUCACCAUACAGAAGGGGCCACAGGGACUGGGCUUCAAUAUUGUUGGCGGCGAGGAUGGCCAAGGAAUCUAUGUGUCGUUCAUACUAGCCGGUGGGCCAGCGGAUCUGGGCUCUGAGCUGAAGCGUGGCGAUCAGCUGCUUAGCGUUAACAAUGCCAAUCUGACGCAUGCCACUCAUGAGGAGGCCGCUCAGGCGCUUAAAACAUCUGGCGGUGUUGUCACCUUGGUGGCACAGUACCGACCCGAAGAGUACAAUCGCUUUGAGGCACGCAUUCAGGAGCUCAAACAGCAGGCCGCCCUCGGGGCUGGCGGCUCUGGCACUUUGCUGCGCACCACACAGAAGCGAUCGCUAUAUGUUCGUGCCCUGUUCGACUACGAUCCGAAUCGGGACGAUGGACUGCCUUCGCGGGGACUGCCCUUUAAGCAUGGCGACAUCCUGCACGUGACGAAUGCCUCCGACGAUGAGUGGUGGCAGGCGCGACGCGUCUUGGGCGACAAUGAGGACGAACAAAUCGGUAUUGUGCCAUCGAAGAGGCGCUGGGAGCGCAAAAUGCGUGCACGGGAUCGUAGCGUCAAGUUCCAGGGACAUGCGGCAGCCAAUAACAAUCUAGAUAAGCAAUCGACAUUGGAUCGAAAGAAAAAGAAUUUCACAUUCUCGCGCAAAUUUCCGUUUAUGAAGAGUCGCGAUGAGAAGAAUGAAGAUGGCAGCGACCAAGAGCUCAAUGGAGUUGUGAGCAGCACCAGCGAGAUAGACAUAAAUAGUGUCAACAACAAUCAGGCGAAUGAACCGCAACCUUUUAUGCUUUGCUACACACAAGACGAUGCCAAUGCUGAAGGAGGCGAGAUUAUCUACCGGGUGGAGUUACCCGAUAUGGAGCAGAUAACUCUGAUCUACUUGGAGAAUAGCGAUGCUGACUAUCCCUCCGAGGAGAAUGUACUGUCGUACGAGGCCGUGCAGCGUUUGUCCAUCAACUACACGCGUCCCGUCAUCAUACUGGGGCCCCUGAAGGAUCGCAUCAACGAUGAUCUGAUAUCUGAAUACCCUGAGAAGUUUGGAUCUUGUGUGCCACACACCACGCGACCCAAACGCGAAUACGAGGUGGAUGGUCGUGAUUAUCACUUUGUCUCCUCACGCGAACAAAUGGAGCGCGACAUACAGAAUCAUCUGUUCAUCGAGGCGGGCCAGUACAAUGAUAAUCUGUAUGGAACUUCGGUGGCCAGUGUACGCGAGGUGGCAGAGAAGGGCAAACACUGUAUUCUGGACGUAUCGGGGAAUGCCAUCAAGCGACUGCAGGUGGCACAGCUCUAUCCGGUUGCUGUUUUCAUUAAGCCCAAAUCGGUGGACUCUGUGAUGGAGAUGAACCGUCGCAUGACAGAGGAACAGGCCAAGAAGACUUAUGAGCGUGCGAUUAAAAUGGAGCAGGAGUUUGGCGAAUACUUUACGGGCGUUGUUCAAGGCGACACCAUUGAGGAGAUAUAUAGCAAAGUGAAGUCAAUGAUUUGGUCACAGUCGGGACCAACUAUUUGGGUACCUUCCAAGGAAUCUCUAUGACCAACAGCCACAACAACAUGGACACUGCCGCCUCGAGUCCGUUGUCGACCAGUCUCGAGAACAACAAAUACUGCAACAACAAAUCAACCGCAACAGAAAACGCCGCACUGAUGAUGAUGAAGCAUCACAACAACAAAAAUUAACAAAAACAAAUGACGCGACCACGAAACAGGACACACACACACACCGGACUUAUUACACUUGACGAUUGACUUAAGAACAAGAACAACAGAAACAGCAACAACAACAACAAAAUUGACGCAGCCGCAGCAGCCAACUUAAUGUAGCAAACAAAACAAUUGUCCAAAAAAUAUAUUUGGAUGGUUAGAUAGAUGUACGCCGCUUAGUGGAACGUACAUAUGUUUAAGUCGAGGAGGAACAUCAGAGCAAAGCAUUUGGCAUCGUGUAGCGAGAACAGAACAGAGCAAAGCAACGCAGACAGCACAGUGACGACAGCAGCCCCCAUUGGACGGAUUAUAGAUGAUGACGAUGACGAUUGAUGUUCAACUGAAGCGGACAAAGGUGUAUAGUUUUUAGUUAGAACAAAGUUUGGAGCACGGAUAAGGAGAAAACAAAGCGAAAUAUAAUAUAUACAUAUAUAUAUAUACACACACACACAAACACACUUAUAUAUUAAGAUCUGAUAAUGAAGGCAUACGGCAGAGAGCAGAGAGUAGAUGGCAGAUGGUUAGCUGGCGCGAUUAGGAGAAGGAAAAGGCGAAAGCGAAAGGCAAAUGCAGAAAUCGACGAGGCGAAUGCUUAGAAACGUUCGUUAAGCGCUAGAAUGUUGUUUGUUUUAUGUUGAUGUUUAUAUACGAGAGCCAAGAGUUAUAGCGAGUUAGUUAUGUUGAAGAAUAAUGUGUUUUUUGAUAUAUAUAUAAAUAUAUAUACAUAUACAUACAAGCAUGUGCAGCACAUAAAUAUGUACGGCACCCAUGAUUAUGAUUAUGAUUAUGACGAUGAUUAUGCAAUGAAAUGCAUAAUUGUAAUUUAAGUACGACAGUGUUUAAUAACUGACGGUAGGGGGUUGAUUGACAAUGAUUCAGAGUAGCCUGUAGAAUUGUACAUCCGGAUUAAAGAUCCGGAAACACACGUACAUCUACAUGGUUGCGCUUACAGUUAAAACAGUUAAACGAUUACGGCUACGAUUACACGUAGACUACUGCAGUCGGACACUGACGUUAACGAUCUACGAUUUACGAUUAACGACUAUGAUACAGUUGGAGAUGAAGAUGAAAUAUGAAAUAUGAUUAUUGAAUAUGGAUGAAAGGAUGAAACACGUUGGUGCAUUUGUUGUUAGAUGUAUGUAAUUUUUCCCACUCGCCUUUGCCUACAAGCAACACAAAGAAAAGAAACAAAACAAAACACUAUAUAAACAAAAGCAAAACAGAAAACAUUAAAAUCAAUAAAAGAUCUGCGUCUAAAUACAAGCAAAAUACAUGAAAGAAUGCAAGGAAGAAACUAAAAGAGAACUCUAGUUUUCCCAUAUACAUACACACACACACAUAUAAGACCCAUGUUUAUUCACACACAUUUGACCAUGCAUAUAGCAUAUACUUGUAUUUGUAUAUCUGUUACAUUUAACAAAAUAGUCCGCAACCAUGCGCGAGAUCCUUUCAAACGCGUCCACAAAGUCAUUUUACUAUAUAUACACACGCUCCAAACCCCAUACAGACACCCUCUCACACACACACACACACACAUAUACACACCUAUUGUAAACUGAAGCAAACAAAUAACUAAGAAGAUAAAGGCUCCCUCCCUCCAAAGAGAGAGCGAGUGAAAAGUGUGAAGAGACGGAAAAGCAAUUUGUUGUCGCGUUGAUUUGAAUAUAAAUAUAUUGUAUAUUUAACAAUUUAAAAAUAACAAAUAUAGUAUAUAGAAAUACAUACACACACACACACACAUACACAAACAGUGCAGAACAAAAUGGAUGGAUUACACAAGGGUUAGCAGAGGAGAAAGAGGCGUAUUUUGAGGGGAAAAAAUCGAAAUGCAAAAGUAAAUGUGGAGGAGCCGCCAGAUGAUGGAUGAAUGGAUGGUCCGGCUGCAACUCAAUUCAGAUAUCUAUAUCAUCUAUAUUUGCUGAUUAAUUCAUAUAAAUCAAUUUAAGAAUUAUAGCCAACGCGCACACACACACACACA